AUGAUAUAUACAUACCAAACUAUUUUACUGUUAAAAAAUAUUUUUCUUAGUUAUAAUGUGUUAAUUGAUUUAUUUUAUAGUAUUAUGGCAAUUCCUAUUGGUGAAGAUCCUUUAAAUCAAACUCCUAUUAUUGGAUAUGAUGAGGAAUAUGAAGAGGAAGUAUCACCAAUUUAUCGUCCUGAAUCACUUUCAUCGAUAUGUAAAAUGACAAAAUUUUCACCUCGUGAAAUACGUGUUAUAUAUCGAGCAUUCAAACAAGGAUGUCCAACAGGGGUCGUAAAUUUAAAAGAAUUUCAAAAUAUAUAUGCUCAAUUUUUUCCUCGUAGUAAUUCUCAAAAAUAUGCUGAAUUUGUAUUUAAAACUUUUGAUAAAGAUAAAGAUGAAUGUUUAAGUUUUGAGGAUUUUGUAAAAGGACUAUCAAUGAUUUCAAGAGGAAGUCCUGAAGAAAAAUUAUCUUGGAUAUUUGAUCUCUAUGAUAUACGUAAAAAAAAUUGUAUAUCACCUUCUGAUAUGUUAACUGUUGUACAUUCUAUUUAUGAGUUACUUGGUACUAGUUAUUUUCCACCAAUAAGUAAAACAAGUGUUAUUGAUCAAGUAAUUGAUGCUUUUAAUAAGGAAAUAAUCAAACAAUUACAAAAGAUCAAUUUAUAUCAAAAUGUCUUAAAAAUCCUGAGAUACUAA